UUUUAUACAUAUAUCGCGGGGGAAAUCACAAAUAAUUAACACUUCGCUUUGAGAGGGUAAAUCCUGAGUGACUUUCCCGCUUUGAGGGACAACCCCGAUGCCGACGAUGCCGUUAUGUAGAUACACCUAUACAAUCUACACACGCGUAUUAUACAUCAAUAAAACCGAUAAUCUUAUCAUGAGCGGUUACGGGCAAGCCGGGGGAUGGCGAGGAGGUCGAGACGAAGGUUACAGAGAUGCCGGAGGGGGCGGAGGAGGAACUCUUCAAAGACUGGACAGCAUUCAAGAUCCGGGAAAGAGAUACGCCCUCAAGGAUCGAAUCGGAUCUGGAGUCUGUGGUGAUGUGUUCGAAGCAACCGAUCUGCAGGCUGGGAACAAAAAGGUGGCGAUAAAGAUCCAACAAUUGACGCAAGAAACGCAGGCACUCGUGGUGGAGGAAUACAGAGUCCUCCGAGACUUUGCGGGUCACCCAAAUCUACCGGAAUUUUAUGGAAUCUACAGAAAACGAUCGGGAAAGAAAUCCGAACCCGAUCAAGUCUGGUUCGUGAUGGAAUUGUGCGAGGGCGGAUCUGUGAUGGAUAUGGUCAGAGGAUUGGCAGCUGCCGAUAGAAAACUAAAAGAAGAACACAUCGGUUAUAUUCUAAAAGAGAUCGUCAAGGCCCUCCUGCAUCUUCACGAAAACAAUGUGGUCCACCGUGACGUCUGCGGGAAUAACAUCCUUCUCACUAAAGGCGGUGAAGUGAAAUUGGUGGACUUUGGAUUAUCCCGUAUGAUAAAAGGGGAACUUGGAAAAAGAAAAACAUGUAUAGGAUCGCCAUGUUGGAUGGCACCGGAAGUUGUUACAAGCAAAGGCGAACCGGAAACUGGAUACGGAAGCAGGGCGGAUGUUUGGGCUAUCGGAAUUACAGCCAUUGAAUUGGCGGACGGAAAACCACCCUUUCAGGGAAUGCAUCCUUCCAGAGCGCUUUUUCAGAUCGUGAGAAAUCCACCCCCUGGACUGUACCGACCCGCUAACUGGUCGCAAAAUUUCAACGACUUCAUUACAGAAUGCCUCGAGAAAAAUCCAGACAAUAGACCCUUCAUGGCUGAAAUUAUGGAGCACCCUUUCUUAUCCGAGCUACCCGAAAAUGAAUAUCCGCUCGCUCAAGAUCUGAAAGCCCUGGCGAUGGACUUCGGCGCAAAGGGACGUCUCGACAGAAAACCAGAAGUCAUCGUUCGAAAAGGAUACCUCAAGACACAUCAAAGUGGACCCCUCGAGCAAAUGUUGGUAGAGGAUUUAGCUGGCCUAGAAAUCCUGACCGAGGACGCGAUACUUGACGAACUUCACGAGCGAUUGAAACGAGGAUAUUUUCAAACAUUUGUCGGUGACGUCCUUCUAAUUUUGAAUCCUAACGAAGGGCAAGAUAUCUAUGGGGCCCAUUUCCAUACGAAAUACCAAUGUAAAUCAAGAUCGGAUAACGCCCCGCACAUUUAUGCGGUUGCAGAUAGCGCAUAUCAAGAUGCAUAUCACAACGAAGAAGGCCAACACAUUAUUUUUGCGGGAGAAAGUUACUCCGGAAAAACUAGAAACAUGAUGCAUGUUAUGAAGCAUCUGAUGUACUUGGGAAAGGGUUUACAAGACACGGGAGUCAGGGUUUUCAAAGCAAUUGAUAUUAUCCACGCUAUGAGCAACGCCGCGACUCCUUUAAAUCCAAAUUCAACGAGAUGCGUUUUUGAAAUUCAGGCGACGUUUGGAACAUCCGGAAAAGCAUCGGGGGCUAUUUUCAUGUUAUAUCAAUUGGAAAAAUGGCGGGUGUCGACUCGAGAUAGAAAUCAAUCAAAUUUCCAUAUUUUUUAUUAUUUCUACGACGGCCUCGAGGCGUCUGGGAAAUUGCGACAGUAUUCCUUAAAUGCCGGUCGCAGAUACAGAUACUUGAGAGUCAACGACAAGAGCAGUGGCAAUAAAAAAAGAUCGUUCAAAGUAAGAAACGAUCCCCACGGAAACGCUCAGAAAUUUGAAGAAUUCUGCAACGCAUUGAAAACACUCGAGAUGGAAGAGUACUCGGAAACUAUUUGGAAGACCUUAGCAGCAAUUCUCAUUCUUGGCGAAGUUAAAUUCGUCGAAGGGAAUAAUUCAGAAGCAGAAAUUGAGAACAGCGACGUCGCUAGCAAAGCUGCCGAGUUGCUGGCUGUGGACGUGAAAAAGUUUUGCUGGUCACUGAACAACUAUUGCCUGAUUAGGAAAGGAUCAGCCGUAAGGAGGAGGCAUACGGUAGAAGAAGCAAGGGAGGCUAGAGACGUACUUGCGAAUACUAUUUACCACAGACUCGUUGACUGGAUCGUCAAUAACAUUAACCACAAGCUUUCGGUCACGCGGACUUUGUUUGGCGAUAAAUACUGCAUAAGUAUCCUUGAUCUUUUCGGCUUCGAAUGCUUCGCUGUAAACAGAAUCGAACAACUUUUUGUGAACACGAUGAACGAACAACUUCAAUGUCACUAUAAUCAGAGAAUCUUCGUCUGGGAAAUGCAAGAGCAACAAGAGGAAGAAGUUCCCGUCCAACAGCUCCAAUUCUACGACAACCGUGAGGCGAUAGAACAGUUGAUGGGGAAAAAUAACGGUCUUUUCCGAAUUAUAGACAACGCCUCUCGCCAACUACAGGACGCUCAGUACAUCUGUGAAAACUUGAAAUCCUCAAAACAGGGCGUCCAUGUAAAGGCCAUCAGCGGCCACGAGUUCACAAUCGCUCACUUCACAGGAAAACUUGUCUACGACGCCAGCGAAAUAUCGGAAAAAAAUCGUGACUUUGUACCUCCAGAAAUGAUAGAAACUAUGAGACUUUCCGGGACAGAAGCAAUCGUUCAGAUGUUUACGAAUCAAUUGACCAGAUCCGGAAAUCUUACCAUAGUCGUUAACCACCCUAAGGCGCCGGAAAAGACUACCAGAGGAAAAUGGGGUGCAAUUUUACUGCAAGAAAAUACCAAGCAAAGAAAAUUCAACACUGCAUCGCGGGGUCAGUUCUCCCAAACGAGAAAAAUGCGUACUUGCUCAGCUACUUUCCGUUCCACGAGUCUUGAGAUAUUGAAGAGUUUAUCCGUCGGCAGCGGAAGCGGAGGAACGCAUUUCGUCCGAUGUAUUAGAUCCGAUCUGGAAGGAGUGCCAAGAGCGUUCUACAGAGAGGUCGUAAGACAGCAAAUCAGGGCUCUAGCUGUUCUCGAUACUGCGAAGGCUAGACAGCGAGGGUUUCCGCACAGAAUACCCUUCCAAGAGUUCCUGAGAAGGUACAAGUUUCUCGCCUUUGACUUCGACGAGAACGUCGAACUGACGAAGGACAACUGUAGGCUGCUUUUGAUCCGACUUAAAAUGGAGGGCUGGGUUAUCGGCAAGACGAAAGUCUUCCUGAAGUAUUAUAACGAAGAAUAUCUCUCGAGAUUGUACGAAACACAGGUGAAGAAGAUCAUCAAAGUUCAAUGUAUGAUGCGUGCUUUCCUUGCCCGUAAAAGCAUGGCGUCGAAAAUAACCGACACCAAGAAGACCGUUGUGAAGCAAGCGUCGAUAACAGCGAAGGGGAGCACGGACAUGUCGCAGGAGGAGGCAGCUGUGAUGAUUCAGAAAGCGUACAGGGGUCACUCGGUGAGGAAACAAUCACUCCCGAAAGGGGGCAAACACCUGAACCUGAAACCGGAUCAGUGGGAUCAGGAGACGAAGAAUUUCGUGAUGUUUUACAGCAGCAAGUGGAGGUCGAAGAGCAUGUUCCAAGUCCUCCUACACUACCGUGCAGCCCGGUAUCAAGACCUCGUGCAUUUUUCACAGCAAGUCCAUCUCUUCAAUCAAUCGAUAAUAGCCAAACUUCAGACAACGAGUGAGCGCGUACCCCUAGAAAGGAUUAACCCCGGCAUAAAAGCUUCGCUGUACCUUGGAGAACGCAGACUUCACGUUCAUAAAUUACCCUUCGACCUGAAGGAGGAACUACCCUUCUUCGACAGCAGCUAUAUGAGCGAUCCGACUAAAUCGAGGAUGAAAGGACCGAGAGGAUCCACUUCAACUCUGGCCUCUGAGGAUGAACACGAGGCAUGGGACGCUCCUUUACGACGUCAAACUGUACCUUGGGGAACAAACAACGUCCACACUAGAGCGGUAGCAAAAAAAGUGAAAAAGCGAGGGCAUCACAUGGAUCACAACGAAGAGAUUUCGAGCAGUGACCGCUGCGACGGACGCAGUAAAAUUCCCGGGCAAGUGUUAUUAAUAUCUUUAAUUACAGACGUCGAAGUCCAAACGACGAAUUCACCUCAUCGAGUGGUCCCAGCGCCGAUGAACGGGGGUCAAAGUUUGAUCCACACUCCGUUUUCCAGAGAUCCGAAUACUCCGGUGAGAUGCCCCCCAGCAGAAGCACAGAUACCAAGCACAUCGAGCGGGUCCGUUCACCACGGAUAUUCGGGCCUACCCUCAAACGUCCAUAAUCCUUUAAGAGCAAAUGCAAAUAUCAAACACUCGAAUCCAGGGUACGGUGUAAGCAACGAUGGCACAGGGUCAAUCCGUUCUAGGAAAAAAGUACCUCCACCCCCAAUACCCCAGAACCAAAAACCAUUGAUUAAUAACAAUUAUGGAAUGGAGAAUAAAACGAGAAACACAGAAGGUGGAUAUAACGAUUGGGAAUUCGAGGACAAAAUAAACAAAAAUUCAAUUAUUAAUAAUCGAGCAAAUCCAAUUCAAGAAAUGCAAAUGAUGGGACGAAAGCACAAGGAUAACGCGACAGAAGACGAUCCACCGUUUAAUUUUCAGGGCAUGUUGAGAAAAACGCAACAUCACAGAGCUUCGAUGAAGCGUUCCCCAAUAUACGAAAGUCAUUCUCCAUCGUAUUCCGGUUACAUAAGUUCAUCGUCAAAUCGCAACGACCAAUACGAUUCAAAUGUAGUGUACAGAAGUUCUGCUGGAGGAAUAGGAGGAUCGUCAUCAGGAAAUAACGUGAGACGCGAUUCUUCCGAAUGGAGUCCAAACGAGAUGGUACGUAUGUCGGAAAAAUACGGCAGAGAAGGUGCGGGCUAUGGAAAAGAUGACAAGGCAAAUUUUCUCGAAUCCGGAGAAAGUAUCACAACCGAAAUAGCGCCUGGUAUAAUAGUCGAGGGUUACGUUGCCGAUUUGUAAAGCAUAAUAAUAUAACAAUAAUUAUUAAUUCUCAUGUACCGCGCUAAUAAUCAUCGAUUCGAAUUACCUAUUAUGAUUCAAUUUUCAUAGCCUUAUUCCUCAUCGUUCAACGAGUUUUUACGCAACAAUUACGGGAUUUUAUAUACUCGCAAUCGGUAUAAAUUAUUUGAAAAAAAAAAUAGAUAAAGUAAUUUAACGGACUGGUCAUAUUCAAACGUUUUCUUCUAAAUACGUAUGAUAAUCAUAAUCGAGAAUUAUAAAAUUACGACGCAUUGAUUAAAUUGGAUUUCAUCGAUAAUAAAAAUACUAUAACUAUACAUAUGUAUAUGUAUAAAUAUAUGAAUGUAUAUUACUAUUUGACUCGAAAAAUAACAUAGGUAGAUAUAAAUAGCAGAAGAAAGAGAGAAUUUAUAUACCAUAUUUAGAAAAGACGAAAUACAAACAUAGAGAAAAAAAUGCAGCGAGAGAAAGAGCUGAGAGAAUGUACGAAAGCUAUAAAAUAUAUUUUAUUUAUUAUUUCCUCAGACUAUAAAAAAAAUUAUAUAGCAUUAGUACAUAUUGUGUAUGAAAAUAACAAAAAAUAAUAUUUGUGUGGUAUACUGGCCAUCGACAUAUUAUAAUACGUGAAUAAUAAUAAUAAUGAUAUUAAUGUAUCUGUGUGUAUAAAUAUUUUAAUAAUAAUUAUAGUAAUAAUAUAUUGAUAACCACCUCCUUAUGGGUAUAUAUUGAAUAAUGCAAUAUACGUAUAAAAGUUUAACUAAUAAUCAGUGACUAUCACAGAACAUCAUUUGUAAACAAAUGAAUACAAAAACUAAUUAAGAAUACACACAGCUACUGAAAAAAUAAGAUGUAAAACAAAAAAGAAUCAAAAAAUGGAUGAAUUGAAAACGAGUUCGCACUUAAGACAAAUCCAUGUUGUUCAUUACAAUACCGGUUCGGAGAUAAUAAUCAUAACUUAUUACUCAAUUGAAUCCUGUAACAUUGAACGAUAAAAUGUCUUCUUAUAUUUUUUUUCAAUUCUAAAUAACAUAUUACGAUGAUGUUUUUUCACGGACGACCCAUUCAAGGCGAUGAAAAUUUUUGAUUUUACUAUUUACAUGAAUAUUUUACUUGAAUAUGUAGAAAAUAAAUAAAUAAAUAGAUAAAUAGAUAAAUAGAUAGAUAUACAAAACGGAUCUAAUUUCUGUUGUAAUCACACAAACUAAGUCGGCUGCUUUUUUUUAUGUAAUAAUAAAAUGAAAUUACGUUUUGAAUGGAUAACCGUGUAGUAGACGAAGGUCUAAAAUAAAAUAAUACCAUAUGAUUACGAUUGUUAUUAUAAAUACACUAAUUAAUGUAAGUUUGUUUCAGCGUAAAUUUAUUUUACGUUAUUAUUGUUGUCAUAUGCUUGUUUGUGUUUUUUUCAUUCAUCCCUCACGGUCGGUUUGUAAACGCGAGAUGAGAAUAUCACCGAAAAAGUUCCUAGAGGUCUGCCAGAAAUAAGCAGCGUGAUCUCUAUAUCUAUGAUUUACCUAUCCAUGAUUGAAAAAAAUCCAUUGAAAGUGACAAUAUUCUUGUAAAAUUUACCCAUUUAACGUUAUACACAUGAUAUGAAUUACAAAUGUUACAGCAAAA